ACGAAAAGAUUGGCUAGAAAAUUACGUGCUAAACUGAAGAAUCAGACCUCAAAGAAAGUGUCAAACAUCCAAACACUAGGUAUGCUAGCUCCGGUAAGCCCUCAAGGAGAGGAAGUUUUUAGGUUUCUGGGUAUGCUUUUUUUUUGUUUGUAAUCUAAAAUUUUUGUAUAAGAGUUUCUGAUAAAAAUUGGUAUCAUCAGGCUUCCUACAAAACUUUUUGGUGUCAUGAUCAUGAAUUGUGCAAAGAGGUUAUUAAGCUUAAAGUUUGUACAAGGGGAUGUUUCUCAUAAAAAUUAGCAUAAUAUUCUGGCUUCCUACAAGUGGCUGAGUUGUUUCUUUUUGGUGUCAUGAAAUGUUGCAAAGAGGUUACUCAUGGAGCUUGUUUGGAAAACAUGGCAGUGGGUUGGAAAUAGUCUAUACCUUGUCUUCUCGGUUGAUGAGUAGUCUUCCAAGUUACCAUAUGAGGCUUCUUAGAGGACUUAAACUCAUAGGUUAGAUUUUCCUUAAAAAUGGCAUAUGGUCUCAAUCUCAUCAUUAACAAUUUUCAUCUCUUCAGUUAUUAGUUAUUUCUUUUACUUCAUAUGGUGGAUUAGCCCCAAUCUAAACUUCUAAACCCCCUCCCCAAAUCCAUACCCAAAUCCAAAUGUGUUUCAGGAGUACAAUGAGUCAAUUGAGUCCAACUAGGCUCCCUUCAUGGUGGAGUUUGAUUCAUACCUUGAAACAUAUCAUACUAUCUUGAGAUGACUGGUGAACCUUGUUGCUAUAACCAAACAUGGUAAGAGCUAGGAAGGAGUUGAUGUGUUAAUGCUUGAGAGCUAUAUCUAAUGGAUGCACAAGUGUAACAAGCCUCAGAUCAAUGCUAUGUAAGUUUCUAGUUUUCAAUCUAAUGCUUUCUAUUCCAUCCAAUUUCUUCUACUUUUUGUGAACCUUGUUGCCAUAGCCAAAUACAGCAGGAUCUAGGAAGGAGUUGAUGUGUUGGUGCUUGGAGCUAUGUGUGGUGGAUGUACAAGCAUAUAGAACAAGCUCCAUGUCAAUGUUAUGUAAGUUUCUGGUUUUUGAUCUAAGGCCUUCUAUUCCAUCCAAAUUCUUUGGUUUUUGUGCUCCUAGAGCAAGUUUUUUAUUUUGAAAUCCAACAGGUUAAUUUAAGUUCUAACUUUCUUCUUGGGUUUUAGGUUUUUUUCUUGUCUUUUUCUUUUUCAAUUAUGGAACUCCAAGGAUUGUUCAAGAAUAUAAUGUGACAACUACUUGUAGAAUUAGAAACUUGGGCAAAUUGGUUAGAAUCCAACAUCAGUCCUCUAUGUCCCCAACACACAUCUAUGGUAUGUUUCACUUGCUAUUUUCUAUUAAGAAACAUCCCAAAUCCCCAAAUUAUGAAGAUGAUGAUAUUAUAGGGAGUUAUCAAGCUGUUAUAAACCCUUUUGAUAAAG